AUGGAGCUCAAUUCCAUGGAUACUCUGUUGGCUCAAAACAAGGUGAUCACAGCUCAACUAGCAGCUCUAACAAAGCAAAUGGAGAAGAAUCAAGUCUCAGUUAUCCAAGCCCAAGCACCUAUGCAAGAAGAAGAUACCCCAGAAGUUGAAUGUGAAUGGGAGCAGGCCAACUAUGUGAACAAUCCCUCCAGACCACCAUAUGACCCCAAUGCCAAAACAUACAACCCAGCCCCACAACCAUGUGAUAGCAGCAACAAAUUUGCAAGAUUGGAGGCUGCUAUGUCACAAUUGGUAGAGAGUAUUGCCACUGUUGCAGAGAGACAAUUCCAAGCUGACAAAAAGAUAGACUCAAUCCAAGAGGAGACCAGAUCCAACAUAAGGAACCAAGGGGCAGCAAUUUCAAAACUGAAAGUACAACUAGGGAGCUUGUCCAAACAGAUACCAAUGCCCAUACACACAUUUUCAAGUGAUACUAUGGCCAACCCAAGAGGGGAAUGCAAAGUCAUCACACUAAGAAGUGGAAAGGUGGUGGAAGAGGCUUCCUCAAACCACAAAUUACAAGGAGAAGAAGCUAUAAUUGAUCUAGGAACUAAGAAGGAAGAAGAGACACCUGAACCAACCCCGCCAAAACAAGUCUUGAAGUCAUAUGUACCAAAAGCACCCUACCCACAAAGGCUGAGGAAAGAUGGAAAGGACAACCAAUUUUCUAGAUUCUUGGAGAUAUUUAAGAAGCUCCAAAUUAACAUACCUUUUGCUGAGGUAUUAGAGCAAAUGCCACUCUAUGACAAGUUUCUAAAGAAGCUCAUGACAAGGAAAAGAAACUGGGAAGAAAAGGAAACUAUAGUGCUCUCGGAGGAAUGGAAUAUAAGCAUUAAGAAGGCAUUGUGUGAUCUGGGAGCUAGCAUUAACCUCAUGUCCUUGGCCAUGAUGAAAAGAAUGGGAAUUGAAGAGGCCAAACCAACACGAAUGGCCUUUCAACUAAUUGACAGAACAUUCAAAUUUCCUCAUGGGGUAGUGGAAGACUUGUUGUUGAAAGUGGGAGAAUUCAUAUUCCCAGUAGAUUUUGUUGUGCUUGAUAUGGAGGAAGAAUCCAAUGCAUCAAUUAUACUAGGAAGACCAUUCCUAGCUACUGCUGGGGCCAUAAUUAAUGUACAAAAGGGAGACUUAGUCUUGAGAUUGCAUGAAGAGAAGAUGGUAUUCAAUGUUUUCAAAGGAAUGAGCUACCCAAAGGAAUCCAUUGGUGAAUGCAUGAUGGUGGAUACAAUGGAGAAGAUAGUUCAAGGAGUCUUGGAAGAAGAACAAUGUGAAGAAGUAAUGGAGCAAGAUCAACAAGCAUCAUGUGGUGAGCUACCACAAGAAAUCAUAGAAGGCUCAAUCAUGCUAGACAAGGCAAGCAAGAAGGAAGUGGAAACACCAAAGUUAGAGUUGAAGACCCUGCCUCCAAGCUUGAAGUAUGCCUACUUGGGUGACAAUAACACAUACCCAGUCAUCAUUAAUUUAAGCUAG